AACUUGCUCUGAUAUUUUGCUCUCAGUUUGUCAAUGUUUUAACCUUAAAACAUGAUCAUGCAAUUGUUACCCUUGUUGUUACGUAACUGCUUUAGACUCAAUCGUUUUCCUAAACCUCAGAAUUAGUAAAGUGAAAGUGUUAUCCACGUAUUAUACGAGUUUCCAUUUACACAUGUCACUAUAAAUUAACUAGUGAUGUCAUUUACAGUUUUCAAUGUUAUCAAUUAAAAUAGAAUUGCAGUUUGAACGUGUUUUUGGUGCUCAUGAACUAUGCAGGUGAAACUAUUAAUAUUUUUGUCUGUGAAUUUUGUUUUUGCGUAUUGGUUAAAGAGUGUGUGGAGUGAGAAGACUAAUAAACAAGUAAAGCUUACAAGUCUCAAACUCCCGGCUUGUCAAGCCUGUAAAAUGUUGGUUGGGUCUUUCUACAGUGAACUGCAUCUAAUCAACAACUUAUCGAACGACAAGACACCAGAAAAUGAUGAAUCAGUGUCGUAUACUGUGGAAGUUUUUCAAGAAGUUUUUACAAACUUAUGCAAAGAGGAUAGGGCCAAGGAUCAAUGCCACACUUUAGCCGAUAAAUGCAAGGAUUAUUUACAAAACUGGUGGUUAAAACACAAAGCAGAUUCGCCCGAUCUUUUAAAUUACCUGUGUAUUGAAAAGCUUAACUACUGUUGCCCUAAUGGUCAUUAUGGACCACAGUGCAAUCCUUGUCCAGGUUAUCCUGAUCGAGUGUGCAACAACAAUGGAAAGUGUAAAGGAAAUGGAACCAGAAAAGGAAAUGGUCAGUGCAGUUGUGAUGUCGGAUAUGCUGGGAAAAUUUGUGAAGAUUGUGCUUCUUCCUAUUAUGUGUCUUAUAAAGAUGAUAAUAAAAUGUUAUGUGCCCGCUGUCAUUCAGCAUGCGUAGACGAUUGUACUCAGGCCGGUACUAAAGGUUGUUUACAGUGCAAAGAAGGUUGGAGAUUAGAUAAAUUAAAGGGGUGUAUGGACGUUAAUGAAUGUUUUAACAAAAGGUCGCCAUGUAAAAGAAACGAAUUUUGUGUUAACAACGAGGGAUCUUAUUCUUGCUUCGUUUGUGAUCCGUCUUGUGAUACAUGUACGGGAGAUGGGCCGGAUAUGUGCGAGAAAUGUGCCCCCGGAUUUGUCUUGAAAGAUAACCUUUGUGUGAACGAAAAAAAUUAUGUAUCAUAUUCUGACGUUACUCGUUAUUUAACCUAUGUUGGUCUGUGCUUCGCAACAUACAUAGUGUUCCAGAAUAGUCCAUGGGCUGCUAGUCUUAUAGGUAUUUGCGUUGCAAUAUACGUGACUGUCUCCGAAUAUAUGUUGGGAACACUUACAUCAACCAAUUUUUUGUCAUUUUGGAAAGCAUUAGACGGACUUGAAAAUUUAUGGAGAAAUGAUCUGUGAUAAAAUAUUUUCCAUUCCACGGAAUGUUACGCGAAUAUCUUAAGCUGGUGUAAUAUACUAGACCUUUCUUGUUAUCAGCCUAAAAGAAGUCUAGUGAUAUAGGUAGUUUGUUUCUGUUCAAUUAAAAAGUAAUAUUACUAAAUUAAAAUAAUAUCACUUAAUAAGGGUAGAAUACGAUAAGCGGACCCGAGAUUUUAUAUCGAAAUUAUCGAACCAUAUUUAAUUAUUAUACCCAUCGAUAUAA